CUAUACCUCUCUUCCUUUCAAAUCUAGCUGGACUCACCUGCUGUUGUCAAGUGCUCAAAACACGCUGAAGGAUUUUCAUAGAAUUGCUCUAGAGCUAAUUGAAAGCAUGGAAAAUAACCAGAGAGGAGGUGAAGAUGGAGACCCAGAAGCCUCGGAGCCUGUCCCUCUCGAUGGAAGUGCAGCUGCUAGUUCUUCAUCUAUGAGUAAUGCUGAGGACAGAGAUACAGACUUUGGUUUAGACAAUUUAACAGUGACGUCUUUGGACACCCUGGGGACUGCUAACCUUCUGACGAGACUGAUGAUUCAAAACAACUUGCACAGGUUUGACGGAACUGUGGAGGAUGAGGAAGAGAUUGUUUCUGUCACAAGUGUUGCCCUUGAUGGGUCUUCCAUUGUGAGCUACUGUAACUGUGACCAUGCCAAGUCAAUUUGGUGUAGCCGUAAUCAAGGCUUCAUGAAUGUUCUUGCCAGAAUUUACUCUGAGCGGAAAGGUCAACUACCAGCAGGGUCAGCCUCUGUUGUGGCCAGUCUUAUUGUCGCCCGUGAAUAUGGAGAGUCGUCUGUGUACACAUGCCCAGAUUGUGCAUGCUCUUUACGGUACUACAAUGUGUACAACACAAGGGCAGACAUGCAGGAGCAACUCCUUGAUGCGAUUCGCCAUCAUGAUGUGCGUAUAGUUGAAGAUCUGCUAGAGAAACGACAGCUGAACCCAAACUAUGAGCUCCACAAGAAGAACCCAAUUUGCCGUGCUGUGGGGCUGGGCAACAUUGAGAUCAUCACGCUUCUGCUGGAUGCUGGAGCAGAAGUGGACACGCCCAACCAUGCAGAUUUGAUGUGGGACAGAAAGCCAGUACACAUUGCAGCCUGCAAAGGCCAUUUGGCCAGUAUACAGUUGCUGAUUUCCAGAGGGGCCGACAUCAAUCAGGUGGAUAGUGAUCAGAGGACUCCACUACACUGGGUGGCCAUGUACGGACACAGUCAUUUGAUUCCUUGGAUGAUGCGUACAGGAAGUGCAGUCAAUGUGGCCCAAAACGAUGGCUUCACCCCACUUCACACAGCCACUUGCUUAGGACAUGUGGAAGUGUGUCGUGAACUUUUGAAGGGCGGGGCUAGCUUAACACAGAAGGACCGCGAUGGAUGGACGCCGCUCCACACAGCCGUCUGCUACGGCAACACUGACGUGAUUCGACUACUCCUCAGUCAGCCCGGCUGUCCUGUCAUGGCGAAGACUAGCACUGACGAGUCAAUUUUGCACAUCGCCUGUAGCAAGGGUAGAGUGGACAUCAUAGAUCUGGUACUACAGAGAGGGUUACCUUUAGAAUCACGGAACAAGUAUGGUGCCACACCUUUGCAUAUAGCCGUCUACUACAACAGAAUUCAUGCCACUUUCUAUCUAAUCAAGUGUGGGGCUAAUGUAAAUACUACAAACAAUGUUGGUCUACGUCCUGCCUAUCUGGCGGCAGUGCGAGGAGAAAUGCAGAUUUUACAGCUACUGCUCAGUGCUGGCUGCUUCUUACCGCCGGGCACGUGUCAGCCAGUGACACAGCAUUCACCAAGCCUUGCCAGUGAGAUGCAGGAAAAAGAGACUCGGCCCCAGACCCUGAAGGACCUGUGCCUGCUAGUAGUGAGAGCGACACUAGCUCCGCAUUUGCAGAAAAACACUCGCUGCCUUCCUGUCCCCAUCCCAGUGAAGCGAGCUCUAGCAAUGCAUGAUUUGAGUUUUGUUGUUUCCAACGGCAACGGGGGCCAUAUGUUAGUCAGCAUGGACCCAGAUCAGUCCGGAGACAAUCUGAAUGAACUUGUGUUUCGGAAACUGGAGGACAGCUCAAGUGAGAGUGAAACCAAAUAGGAUGCUGUGUUUGUGUGUUAUCAUGUAGCUUGUGGUAACUUUCGUGGACUUUAAAUGGCGGCUAUUGCAUUCUGUGCGUUCCUUUGUUUGUUUAUUUAAUCUCACAAGUGUUGUGUCUUGGGUCUAGUUUUCUGGAGAAAAAAAUGUUAAAUAAUAAUUUUACAGACUUUAAAUGGCGGCUAUUGCAUUCUUAAAAAUGUUUGUUGUUGUUUUUUUAAUCUCAGAAGUUUUAUAUUGUGGGUCUAGAUUUCUUACAAAGGAACGUUUAAAAAAUAUUUUUGUAGUGUCAGAUCUUGAAAGAAGAAGAAAAGUUUUGCAUAGAGGGAUGUUAUUUUAAGCAAAGAUUUCAUCUCAUUAUAUGACUGAAAUAACUUUUUACAAUAGUAGAGGCUAUCUUUUACCAAGACUAAGGGGACUUGUUCAGUUUGUUAUUUUGGAUUAUAUACUUUCUCCUUCAAACAUGUAAUCACAAUGUACAGAGAUUGUAUUCACUGACAAUUUUUAUUAAAAUGAAAGUGACGUGUGGGGGAAAAAAGUUUUAGUUGCCAUUGUCAAAAUGUUUUAUGGACAGGAAAAAAAUUGAAAGGUGACAGCUGUUUCAGAAAAAUUUUGAGUCUAUUUUCGAAAUAGUUCUCUGUUUGAUCUUGUUAAACUUAUGAAACUCUAGCGCCUACUGCUUGUGGCUUUAGGUGCUGUGCACAGUUUUCAUAUCUAUAAAAUAAUUAUCAGAAAAAAGUUUAUCUCUUUUUCAUUUUUAAUUGUAACAAGUGAACAUUUUAUGUGAGGUUUGACAUUUUUUAUGAGUGAUUGUCUUUCAUUGACCAGCUUUGAUACUUUGAUACCGAUACUGAUGUAUCCUACUCAUCAAAGCCUGAUGUACUCAUGUUGAGUUUUGUCUAAUUUUGACUAACCUAAAAGUGAAUAUGAAUAUACAGCAUCUGUUGGAUAGUGGUUAACCUCUUCACUUUUGCACGCGGAAAACACAAGUUUAUUUCUCGAGUAGGAAGGGUUGUUUUUUUUCAUCAAGUAUCUCCAUCUAUCUGCUGGGAUGUUGCAUCCUUCUCAGGUUGAUUUGGCCGUGACUGAUAUUCAGUUGUGUAAUACAGUUACAGUUACGAAAGAAAGAGAAUAUUGGCCCAGUAUGGUAGCUGUGUAGUAUGUUCAAAGCAUGAUCUAUACCAGUGUCUGUGGUGUAGUGGUCAGGCCCUGACACUACAGCAGGAAACCUGAGUUCGAUUUCCUAGUGAGGGGAACAUUGAUUGAUUUUUCUGCCUAUCUGCUGGGAUGUUGUAUCCCUGUCAGCCCUGUUUGGCACUAACAGGCAGGGUCAAAAGCCAGCCUUCUAAAUGAUCUAAAUUGUGGCUAUGGGUGCGUAAAACACCAACAUUAAAAAGAAAAAUAAAGAAGCACAAUCUACUGUUUUUACAUUUUCAUAAAGCCAUAUCUCAGGUUGCUCUGUUUCCUUUCAGUUUCUAAAGAUGACCAUCUUGAUUUUGUCAGUAUGUUAUUUCACUACCGGUAUUCCCAUUUGUUACAAAACAAAAACAAACUAUGCAAUUCUGUCAGAUUGUGUCAAAUUUUUACAGAUCUCAUAUAUAAAAUGUAUAUUAUCUAAUUCUGGCACUCUGGUGUCCGUGAUGUAGCAGUGAGAGCAGUUUGGUGCUUUGUUGAUGUGCGGAGAAGAUCCGAGUUGGCCCUGACCAGCAGAAUUGAAGCUUGUUUCCAAAUUUAUCUAAAUUGAGAUGUAAAAACAUGUACAUUAAUUUUUUUUAAAUAUUAAAACUGGCACAAUGCUCAAAAUAA